CUCCUUACUUGAGUGGCACCUGAUGAAUGCACAUCAUAGUCACUUACUCCGAUCAGCAGAUGCACAGAAUGAAUACACUCAGUCGUGCCGUUUGCCAUCUGUGCGUGUCCAAACCCAGCUCCUUCCAGCCUUUAAGCCGUGCGCUCUGUGCGUAAAUCGAUUACGCGCCGUGUGUCUGCCAUUUUAAACUUUGCAUAAAUAUUAAUUUUUGGCACAGUCCGGGUCAGGAGCCUGGGACACACCGCCGCCAGUGGAUCGGUCUUGCUCUCCCAGUGCGUCCACGCCAAUACGAGCUGUCUUCACCAGUGUCACCUAGUUUUUCUUGUUGCGUGGAAACUAAAAAGGGACAGAGCCCUGAACUGUGGGAGCAUUUCCAGCGGUAGCGCGUCGUGGUCGCCACAGCAUAAGUUUAACGAUCCACGGGAGGACCUGAUGGAAGCGAACCACAACACUAGACGCACCGCCGUUUGGAGACAGCUUGGAUCCACAGGGUGAUUUGAACCGAGACGCACACGCACAUCAUGAAAAGGAGAGGAAAAGCGGCCAACACGUUGAACAGCUACUGGGGAGGCUGAUGUGGACUGAACCCCCUUUGCCCAGGUGGUCCUCCCUGGAGCAAGCCUCCCUGUCCCAUGAUGCCAAUGCUGGCAGGUUGGCUACUGCGCCACUCGGUGGUCAUGUGUUUGCUGCUGCACAGCCUGGUGCUGAUGACCUUCUGCUUCCACCACGCUGCUACCAGCUGCUCCAAGAGCUGCUACUGCUCUGAAAGUGAGAGUGGCGGCAAGACGAUGCGCUGCAGCAACCUGCAGCUCACGGAGAUUCCCCAGGACAUCCCGAACGACACACGCCGCAUUUACAUGGACUUUAAUUUAUUCACUACAGUCCCGACAAAUGCUUUUGCAGGUCUGCCUCACCUGGUUGAACUGGAUCUAUCACAUAAUGAACUAUCACAGCUAGAACCGGGGGCCUUCAGAGGCCUGGGCUCCUCAUUACAGUUUCUGGAUCUCUCCUCCAACAAGUUAGUAAAUUUUAAUGCUGAGGCCUUUGAGGGCCUGCGGGCUCGCGCCAACUUAACAAACAAUCCAUGGCACUGUGACUGCAACUUGCAGAUGGCCAUGCCCCGUGUCGACUUGGAGCCGGCGUCGCUGACCGGUAUUGUGUGCCAGACUUCAGAUCCAGAGGAAAUCGGUGUUCAAGGACUCGCCUUCCUGUUGGCACCAGACAUAGACCUGUGUGUGGUGAUGAAGAGGACUACAGAUGUGGCUAUGCUGGUUGUCAUGUUUGGCUGGUUCACCAUGGUCAUCUCCUACCUGGUCUACUAUGUCAGGGCUAAUCAGGAGGACGCCCGUCGACACCUGGAGUACCUUAAGUCAUUACCUAGUAGACAGGGCAAGUCAGAGGAGUCUUCCACCAUUAGUACUGUGGUAUAGUAGUCAAGGAGCCGCAUCAAGGAUCUGAAGGAGUAAUGCACUUCAAAUAGAACUACAAGGUCAUUAUGUUGUCUCAAACAGUCAAAGCCAAGGUGCACAACUAAAUACUAACAACUGGGACAGAAGAAAACCAGGCCGAUGCAACCUGGGACCAAUUAAUAAUUCAUCCUUCAGACACACAUUAGAAGUUUUGUUGGCGGAGUUGAUGCUUUCGUCUGCGUGCUGAGGGCGUAAAAGCAGCAGCAUGUUUUUGACAAACUCCAAAUAUGGGAUAUAAAUGGGAUUUAUCCAGUGGUGCAUGCACCUCGAUGCUACUCUCUUACUCACACAAAGACGACAGAGAAGAUCUUGUUCGACAGCAACAGGAACAGUGGGAACAGGCGACACUGCUUUGAGGACCUGUUAUUAUAUCAGUCCAUAUACAACCGUUUUACAAUCAUCUUUACAAUAUUCACCAAUAUAUUAUCAGUAAAAUGUUUUGCAUUAAAAUGGUUGUUGUGGAUUUCUCUUCUCACUACUUGAGAUGUCAGAAGCUCCAACUGUCUCACAAAACAUGAAACAUUUUGUGUUUCAAUCCCUCCCUUCAGUGGUGCAUUUAGAGCUCACUGUACCACCGCAUGAGGAGACUUCUUCAAUGGUCCUCUAAUGUGUUUGAUACUAGUUACUGUACCAGGGCUUCAUACUGGUGACAACCACUGAUCUCAACGCUCACAGUCACAGCAGGAGACGUUCACUUCAAAUCCCUGUUUCUCUCACCAGAUUUUACAUUUAAGGAUGAUUUCAGUCGGAUCUACAGCGUCGUACUACGGUACUACUACUUCAUGGGUAGAGAAAGGUUAAGUCUUCCCCUUUUCUUUUAAUUUGGCUGUGAUUAGUGUGGGAAGGUUACUUUAGAAAUCAAGAAAUUCCGAGUUAGACUUAUAAUGUAAUUAUUACCUCUAUUGAGCUGUUCUCUGAUUUCAGAAGGAAAAUAUCAGUGAAUUUCAUACACUGAACAUGUUGUCCAACAUGGCUACCUUUCAUUUAAUUAUAUUGUUCAUGUACAAUCAAUGUAGCUCCAUUGGCUGUUAAAAGAAAUGGAAUACAUUUGAAUAUUAUCGCCAACAUUUUGAUCACAAAUUACAUUUAGUUUUAAAUUAAAUUAUACAACAGACAUGGAUGUAGGAUUGAACUGAACACUGAGGACACAUUUUUACAAAUUUUGAGUGUCAAAAAGUUAAUUAUCUGCAUUUUGGGGAAUUGUAAUUCUCUAUAUUAUCUCUUUUCAGUGUGGAGUAGAAAUGGCUGUGUAAGGUCAAUAUCGUGCAUAACAGAGCAUAUUUCACUUAUUCUGUAUAGCUCUCAAAUAUUGGUGCAUCUGUGAUUAAUAUUUUAGUGUCUGCUUCUGUCCUGUUUUUAUGCACAGUUCUAAAUAUUGAGGAACCUCCUGAAAUCUAUAUUCAUGCAGUUUUACAUAUAUAACCAAUCAAUCUCCAACACCAAACAUAUAUAGUAGUAGUAGUAAAACCUAUCUGUUGUAAGUCGAGACUCCUUUUCCUUUAAUUUGGUACAGAUUUACUAUUAUGAUCUUCUGUAGUUUUGGAAAAAAGACAGCUUACCAUCGUUCAUUUGUGUAGAGUAGAGUGCCAUUGAGCGAUGCCAGCUACCUCAAAGAAACAAAAUUUACUGAGGCGUGACAUUUAAUGCGUACCUGAUACCUGAUACAAACAGCACAGCCUGAAUUACUCCCUAUAAUAUUAUGCUAAUGCCAUGGUUUAGUCACAAGCAUCAGGAGCCUUGUAGGUGAUAUUUAGAGAAGACUGAGACGAGAGGUGGCAACAGUUCAGCUGACAUGAAAUGAAAAGAGACACAGGGAGAGGGACACAUUUUUAAUAUUCUGGUAGGAAAAUCCCCUCAGCAAAUAUUCAUUGCACUCACCUGUUCACACAGAGUAAUUAAGGGAACACAGAGGCUCCUUCGUGAUCACACCUGCUUAUCUAGACAGAACCCUAGCCUCUGAGCUGUAUUUCAUUCUCUCGUGCUUUUAAUAAGUUCCCAGGGUACCUCAGGGAGCUAUAUUGUCUAACCCGGUCACUCCUGUGAGAUCUCCAAAUAACAUUUAUGGGGCCGUGACCCGCUGGUCCAUUUAAAAGGGCUGCCUGGGAUGUGAAUCUCCUGUUACACCAGACAGUGAGGAAGAGGAAGAUGCAUCUGUGUCUCCUCGGAUGAAAUCAUCAAUAGGAACUGAGAGGAGAGGAGGAGUAAUUUAAUCCUAAUCAGACUCUUAAGAUAUGCGCUCACUUUUUUCCAUUGAGUAAAGUAAGACUAACCCAUUGCGGUGCUGAAUAAUGAAAUUUGAUGUUUCAAGAUGUGGGAAAUGGUUUGUCAACAAGGGUAUCCCUAUGUCAAACACGAAUGCCUCCAGAGCACGGCAAUGCCAAUAAAUCAUUUAUGACGGCCAUAAAAACACUUGAGCAGAACAUCUUGGAAUGCACCCGUCAUGUUGAGUGACCCAGUUCUUGAGGAGAAAUUAAGGGAGAGCACCACAGGGGAGCUGCUGCCCCCUUCACUGCUGCCUGACACACCCUUACUGGGAUAAAGCACUUUCCAAAUGUCCUUGGGGUCCUGGUUCAAAGGGUCCAGAGGACUCACAGUGGCCGGCAAACUUAGUUCUGUUCAUCUUCAAACUACUUUUCUUUUUUUUUCUUUCUUUCUACUUUUCUAGGGAUGAGUGCUGAC